UUUCAAUACAAUUGCGAAAUUACUAAUACCGUCAUACAUAUUACAUGCGCGGCCGUCAGUUGGCUUCUGUUUUGUGUAUAAUUUGUUUAAAAACUAUUUGACAAAUGGCAAAAUACUUUAAUUUUAAUAUUUAGAUAUUAAUAUUAGAUUAUGUGUACAUAAGAAUUAUGUAAUAUUAUUUAUGAAAAAGUUAAUACUGCACUGUGUUAUGUUUUGGCGGCAUUACUAUAAAGCUACCAAAAUAGAUCUCCUUGUGUUUUAAUAUAUAAAUGUUCUAGUGCAUAAAUAAAUGCUCCAGUAAAAUUCAAGGUUUCUCAUAGGAAAUAUGUUGAAGUGAUAACUUGUGUUUAUAGUGAUUUUAAACCAAUGCACUAAUAAUGGAGAAUCCGACCGUUAGUGAAUUGCGGUCAAGGUCCCGGUCUAAAACACCCUUCCUAAGAUCGAGCUGUGAUCGUGAAAACUGCAUAGAAAGUGAGGAGCAUACUCAUCAAAAAACAGGACGCAGAACACCUAUCAAAAGAAGCACACCUAUCAAGCAGCUACAGCCCCCAUCAAAAAAAGGCAGCAUAGAAACAGUGCAAGAACAAGAUGAAACCCCACCAGCCCAUCGCACAAGACUGUCUACUAAAACGGAAAAACUUGUCAAAACAUCAGACUAUUCUUCUGAAGAGAGUCUGGAUAGACUUAAGGCCCAUAAGAAAGAGAUUUAUCAGAACGAACUCAACAGCCAGUAUGAGAGUGUUUCAAGUUCACGUCACUACAGAACGCUCGCUGACGUCACCCUUAGCCCCAUAUCACAUAAUUUGACGCAUGACAGGUCGUCCCGUAUUGGAAGUCCUACCUACAGUGCCUGUUCAACAGACAGCUCCUUCGCAGAACAAGCACUGGCCGACGCUAGUGCUCUUUUAGACAAGGAACCGAACCACGACCAUCUACCUUAUCGGCUUUAUAAAAUGGCGGGAGAGUACUGGAACAAAUACCCCAAAACAGACUACACAUAUUCCCCAAUGUCUCGGGAUCGCGUGGAGCUGGCUCCGGGGCAAGUGGCCGUCCCAAAUAUGUCUCGUCGCUCUCUGUCCCAAUUCCGGGUGCAAGGUCCUAACACAGUGGACGAACCGGACAAGAUUGUGUCCACUUGGACAAGUACAACUACGAGGAAACGUUUCACGACGGUAGAGAGUUCUGACGAUGAGAGCCCGUAUAUUCAUAACGGUUAUGGCGCGAGAGAGGAAAAAUUGUGGUUUACUCAACUAUUGGCAACAAUACUAACUACGAUCCGUACAAGCACCCGUAACGCUUAUAGGAAAGUGGUUGGCCCGUCCCAUAGAUAUCCUUAUACUGACAGGAGGCCCGCUAAAGCUGGCGUUAUAUCACAAGCUGCAAGCGUCGUUACGGCGCCUUUCUACUGGAUAUACACUCUCAUCACUUCCGUCAUCACCACAACGGUGACUACUGUCACUGAAACGAUUUCCCCGAGUAAAGCAAUUCCAACUGAAAAACAUCGAGCUGUAUAUAAUAAGCAUGAGGGUGGGAAAUGGAAGCUGUGGCCACUUUUGCUUUUAUUACCGGCUGUUGGAUAUGGAUAUUAUAAAUACAAUGAUCGAGUACUGGAUACGUAUGCGCCCCCGAUAAUCGAUCAAGACGCGGACUUGACCAAACGAGUUGCGGCGCUCGAAACGUGGGCCCUAAACGUCGAUAAUCGAUUUAAACAUGUCGAUGAAAAACUAUCGAAAAUCGAUAACUUCGAAGCCCAAAUCGAGCACUAUUCGUUUAAGAAUUUGCAACAGAAUUUGAUACAGAUUUUAAGCAUGGACGAUAAUAGUGAAGCUAUUGCCAGUAAACUUAAGGAACACUUCGAUAAAAAUUACAUUUCGAAGGAUGAAAUGCAAAUACUGAGUCAGCAGAUACACGAGAGAUUGAUCAGUUCGUGGAAACCAGAUAUGAGUGAAGAUGAUAUUAGGAGAUUAGUUCAGGAGUAUCUGUUGACUGUGGAGAAACGGCAGAUGGCGGUAAUAGUUGAAAAGGUUAAGGAGUAUGUAGGAAAUAUGGCGGCACCUGGAGGUGGAGAUGACCCAAGCCAUUAUGACUCUGAGGAGAUCCAAAAACUGGUGAUGAGUAUGCUGGAGAUCUACGAUGCAGAUAAGACCGGAUUGGUGGAUUACGCGUUGGAGUCGGCAGGCGGUCAAGUUAUAUCGACGCGCUGUACCGAACUAUACCAGAUCAAGACGAAGCAGUACUCGAUCCUCGGUUUGCCAAUUUGGUGGGUUUACACGUCGCCACGUUACGCUCUAACGCCAGGGAAUAUGCCCGCUGAAUGCUGGGCUUUCCAGGGUUUCCCAGGAUACCUGGUAAUUCGUACAUACGCAAUCAUCGAAGUAACGGGUUUUUCAUUGGAGCACAUGUCUCGUUUGCUGGCUGCUGAAGGGAAGAUUGAAUCCGCCCCUAAAUACUUCUCAGUUUAUGGACUGCAUGGUGAAUUGGACCCAGAGCCACAUUUAUUCGGCAACUACGUGUACGAUGCUAAUAGCACGGCCAUACAACACUUCCCUGUUCAAUACCCCAAGACCACCAACAUUGGGGGUAUAGAAUACCCAGUCGCUUACGACAUUGUCGAACUGCGGGUCGAGAGUAACCAUGGCAACCCUACAUACACCUGUGUUUAUAGAUUUAGGGUUCAUGGCAACCCUUUGAAUGAUAUAAGACAAGCCACGGAUGAUAGUAUUAGAGACAGUGAAACAUAGUAGUGGCCUUAUAACUUUAGUACAAAGUGACUUAAUGUGUUCCGAUUUAGCGUUAGUGUGACCAUUUAACGGUGAGGAGUUUCCUCGCUUUGUGAAAAAAAUUGGUAGAAUUUUAAAAAUAUACAUUCUUGAUUGUAACAUUUUAAUUCAAUUAUCAAAGGUGUUGCAAUAACUCAAAUCCCUAAUCUCAAUACCGCACAAGGCAUACGCUUAGUUCGUUAUAUAAGGUAGAUUAAGUUUUAUAUUUUAACUAUUCAAUGUACUAGUAAGCGCUGCGCGUUAAGUACAAAGUCAGCUUUUAUCACUUGACGAGGUCAUCGACCCUUAAUGGCAACAGCUGAUUAUUGUUAAGUUUUUACCCAAUCACAGCAUGUUUACUAGACUCAUCUUAUACAAACAAGUACGUUGGCCCUAGACAUAAAUACUUAGUGACCCAUUCGUAAUUGGUCACGUGACCACGCGUGAGUGAUGUCAUUCCCAUACAAUUUUAUUUUAGGAUUUGUCUAAAGCCGAUUUCCAUAAGUAUAUUGUUCCAUUUCGCGCAUUGCAUUAGAGUAGAAUUUUGUACAAAAAACAAACAUACACCACAAGAACGUGAUAUUAAGCCUCGAAUCUACUGUUAAGCGCAGGAGUCCUUGAUAAGAAUUUUUAAACUAUUCUUUAGGACUUUAAUUUAUUGAAAAAAAAAUUGUAUUCAGUUAAUAGUUGAAUAGGAAUAAAAUCUAAGUUAGUAUAUUGAGUUCUUUCAAAAGGUUCUUAUAUACCUAGUCUUGCCAUAAAUACUGAAAUAAAGAAAAACAAAAUUUAUUGCAAAUAACAUUUAUUACUUUUACAGUGUGUUAGUUUAAUACAUAAAUAUAAAAAGCUUAUUCGAAGUGGUCUUCAUUGACUGCAAUACAGUCCUUUCAAUGUUGAGGCCAGAUAUCAAUAGAAGCACGCACUCUUUCCAUGGGAAAAUUCUUCACUGUCAAUCGUACGGAUUGUUUUAGGGACUCCAAAUUUUCAUGGCGUCUAUAGAAUGCCGUACUCUCUAAAACUGAAUAUAAAUUAAUCCACCUGACCAGAACUUCAGCUCUGAAUAGACCGAGCUUUAUGACCCGGCGCCCAGUCUUGCUGGAAGGACCAUUCUUGGUUAUUAAACAUGGUGUUGUAAAGGGGCUUCAAUACCUUCUCAAGAAUGGUAUCUUGAUACACUUGUGGCAAUGUUUUGAUACCUUUUUCACUAAAGUAGGGCUCAGUCACUCCUUCAUAGCUAACACCCCACCAAACCAUCACUGAAGUCAGAUAGUGCCCACGUUACAGCCUCUUUAGAGUUUUGAGCAUAAAUACGGUCAUUUUGUUUGUUAAAAUGUUGCUAAAUUGUAAAAAAAUCUCUUCCCUAAACAAAAUUUCUCAGCGACUGAAGCUUACCGCUUCAGUAGUUGUUUCGAUUUUACCACCUCUUUUUUAAAUUAUCAGUUAAGAAAUGACCAAUACGUCACUUAUAGGCUACAAAUCUUAAGUGCUAUCUUCAUCUUCCGAGAUACAGUCGUUUGCUUUCAGACAGGAUUUCAUCGAAUUCUUUUCCAACUGUUUAGACCACCCUUUUCGUACGAACACUACAUGGACGGCCAGAUCUUUUUCUGUCACAAACAGAGGAGGUCUCGUUGUACCUAUUAAUAGCCUGGUACACCAACAUUUUACUAAAACCAAGCAUAUGGAGAGUUUUAAAAAUGGAAUUUGGCUCCAUACCUACUUUGAGUAAUGCGAUCACAGCGAUUCGGUUCUCUUUAUCACCCCACUCCAUUUUAAUAUCGCAAAAUAUUGUAUAAUUUAUUGGCGCCAAAAUGAGAAAACCCAAUAAAUAAUCGUAUAAAAAUGACAGAUUCCAAAUUCAAAUUUAUUAUUUUUAAUUGCAACAGUAUUUAUGGCCAGACUAAGUGGACAACAUAAAAUUAUGUAUUUACGCAUUGGUAUUUCUAACUAACGAACGGGCAGUCCAUUUACUAUUAUGAUAACGCUCCGUAAGUCGUAUGUUAGGUAUAGCAAGUCCGAGCAAUAAUUUUAAAUUAGUUUUAGUGAAGGAACUAGUCCAAUUUAGUUAAUAAUUUUUAUGCCAAUUAUAUUGAAUUACGUUUUAAUCGUUAUCAUCAUGUUUUCGUAUAUAUUGAGGAAGUACACAAGUAACACAUAUGUAUUAAACUCACUUUAUAAAAACUUAAUUUGACAUUAAGUUUGAAUACUAUCUUUAUAUAGCUUUACCAAUUUCCGGUCAGACACAAUUCGGCGGUCAGAGUUAAAUGUUUUAGUUAAAAAAGUGUAAACAGACUGUUUUAGUUUUUAUAAAUGACAGUUUUAGAAUUGCAAGAAAACAUAUUUAUACAUUUAACAGAACCAGUACAAAAGCAUAGAAAUUCAAGUUUUUAGCAAUUAUUGUUUGUUGAUUGGCUAUUUAAUAAUUAAUAGUUAAAAAAUAAACGAUACAAAUGAGGCAGCUCGAAUUCUUGAAGUUACAUUAAUCAAAAUAACGACGCAUAACGAAAAUAAUAUCUUUUACAAUAAAAAUUGAAUGAUCUAUAUAUGUAAUGUGGCAUGUUGAAGACUUUGAUCUGCUUUUUCUCAGAAUAGAGCAAGUAUAAAGCAUCUAGACCCUGAUCUUAAUAGAAAAUUUUAGCAAGGAGAAUAAUACCUUUAAUAUACUUCUUUGUGGUGUUUUUAUAUAAAAAUACUGUGUUUAUUACUGUAUAAUAUGAUUGUUGUUCAUUAUGUAUUAUAAUACCAAGUUUCCUCACAGUGUCUUAUUGGAUUGUUAAUAUAUAGUACUAUUUAUUAAUAACGACAAUAAAUUCCAGUAAUCAUAUAAAUUAUUACUAAUUGAAUAACUAAAACUUCGAGAAUAUCGUACAAAAAUACUACAAUAUAUUUUCGUAAUAUGUAUAUAAAAAUUAAAUUUUCUACAGUUUUAUAUACGUGUAAUGCCUGAUUGUAUGAAUUUAUAAAAUGUUUCAGUGUAUUUUAACUUAUUUCUUUGCUGUGUGAAUUCUUUUAUAAGCUAAGGUUAGUGUUUUACCAUAAUGCUUCACCGAAAUUGUAUAAAUGUGUUGUUCCAAUUAAAGUUUUAAUAAAAUA